CUUUUCAGAAACGAACGCGUCGUCCCAAUGCUCCCCUUUCCCCAAGAACGGACACGGACUUAGAAGAAGCUGCGUACCGGGGUGCGCAGCGUACCUACUUACGCCUUCAUAGUCUUAUAGGCAUCCGCUACUCGUCGGCAAAGAAAAGCGGACCAAAUGGAGACAGAGCGUCAACAGCCUUCGCGGGCUUCUGUCCGGGUCUCUUCAGACGCGCAUGUAGCCCAUGUCGGCGUUCAAGAGCUGCUAGGCUUGCGGGAAAAGGAGCUCCGGGAGAUAUAUGCAGCUAUGGAGCAACGUCUGAAGGAGAAGGAACUGGAGUGCCACUCUGUGCAGGAGCGACUUCGUUUACUACAAGAGGAUUUCAUAUACAAUCUAUCACUUCUGGAGGACCGCGACCGAGAAUUGGAGCGCUUCGACAGGAUCACAGAGGGACUAACAUCAGAUGUAAAUGAUAGGGAAGCGCGGAUAGCGGAGCUCAAAAUGGUGGUUCGUGAGAGGACCACCGACAUUGCCAACUUAAAAUCGUUGAUGCAGGCUCAGGAGCAGCAGCACCAUGAGCUCCUUCGAAAGCUUCAGACAGAUGAUGAGAUGAUGAUGAAACAUCAGGAAGAUGUCCUCCGAACGAGAAUGGAAGAGUUCGAACUAGAGCGGGCCGAUUUGCAAAUGCAGAUGAAGAAGCUCGAACAACAAUUGGAGCUCCAAAGGACUGCUCACUUGGCAGAGAUGCAGCAGCAAAAAAGGUCGCAGGAAAUUGUAUUGCGUGCUCUCAAGCAGGACUUGGCACGGCAGCUGCUUGAAGCGGAACAUGACGUGUCGCGGGCAACGGCCGAACUCCAUGCUGUGAAGGGGGCGCGGGAGGCGAUCGAGAAAAAGCUGGAAGAACAGAUGGAUGCCAAUCAGAAAAUCGAAAGCAAACUGCAGCAAGCUGGUUGGGAAGGGGCGGACGCGAAGAAAGAGUCGGCGAUUCGCAUAGCGGAGCUUGAAGAGCAACUAAGACAGAGCGAGACCGCAGCCGCGCAGGCGCAGACUGCGUUUGAGACUCGGCAAAAGAAGCUUAUGCUCGAUUCUGAGGAGAUGAAAAAGUGUCUAGAACACGACAAGACUAUAGCCGAGGAACGGAAUGAGACGUUGACAAAGCAGUUAGCAAUGGCAAUGGACCAAGCGGCAAUGCAAAGAGAUGAAAUCGUGAAAGCCUACCAGCAGCUGGAGAAAUUGGUUGCGCAUAAGGAGGAAGACAUCCGAACGCUGCACAACCGACUCAGUAUGGAGAAAAGCAAGGUUUCACGCCAUGGCGAAACGAUUGCUAAGCAGCAAGACCGCAUUAGCACACUGGAGGCAGAGCUCGACCGUCGGUGUCAUGCUAAUGAGCAGCUGCAUCAAGAGAUGGCUUCUUUGGUAGCUUCGGAGCAAGAUCUGCGACGGAACCUGACUGAGCAGAAGCUGGAAAAAGAAAGAAGCUUGGCAGCGCUACACCGUAAAGACGUAGAUGAUCAGAGCCAACUGGUUCGCGGUUUAAUCGCUGCAAAAGAGAUAGCAGAAGCGGAAGUCAAACUACUCCGAAGCAAGCUUGGAAUGGCAGCGCAUGCACAUCUAAGGUUGAGACCAGCAUCCACACCUCCCUUCCCAUCCUACGACACUGGGCAACAACAAGAGGAUCGCCUGUCGCCCGACCCAACGAGCGAUCGUGAUACAUACUGGCAGAAUGAGAAUGCGCGCCUCACAUCGAUAAUACAUCAAAUGCGGCAUGAUAUGGAAAUCAUGCAUCAAGCCAUGGCAAGCAACGCAAGCACACAGCAACGGAAGAUGAGCCCGGAGGGUUUCCGAUUGAACGACGAUGCCCAGCAGUUACAUAACCAGAUCACCAAACUGCAAGGUCUGCUGGCCCAAAAGCAGACCAUAAUCGACCAGCUUCUCGAUCAGCAACAGAAACUGCACGAGAAGUUGGGGCAGUCUUUACGAUCCGCCUCAGCUGUCGGAGGAGGAGCUGGUGUGCAGGGGGGAGACAGGGACGUAGAAAACCAGUCCGGAUCCGAGCCGCUGGUGGAUAAGCUGCGGGCGGAGAACCAGCAGCUUCGGCAGCGGUUGACGGCGUUACAUGGUGAUAUGCAGCGGUUGGCACAGGAACGGGCUCGACUACUGGAUAUGAGCAACGCGCUUAAGGCGGAGGUCCGGUUUUGGACGGAGAAGAAUGGGGACAAGGCCCAUGCUGCCACUCAAACGCUAACAAGUUCACAAGUGAAAACAGCACGUCAAAAACCAUGGGCGACCCAAAACUCCAUCCCACGGCCCAUCAAACAAAGCGCGCGCGCAACACCCAGCCAACGCGAGGCGCAAGAACGGUUAGCCACUAGCAAACGCGCCAACUCACCGACCCUCGCUGAAUUGAGUCCGGAUGAAGGGGAGCAUUUGCUCAGGCUCAAGCUAAGGGCUCGUGGGAUACGGAAUUGGAAUGAGAGGAGUGACGAUGAUGACGAUAGUUGAGGGCGGACUACCCAUCGCAUCUCUCGACAGCACACACUUGUAUAUAUAUGAUCUUCAAGAUCAGAAACUCGGUUCAUGAACAUUGGUCAUGAACAUUACGCACCGGCUCUAAACGCCAAAAUAGAUGAGCCGCCGACAUGCCUAGAAUAUUGUAACAAUAAGGGAGGAGAGCCGAUAGGCCACAUGAUGCCCAUAAAUCAAAAUGCAAGGAAGCGUGGGCAACGCCGUAUCUCACAAACGCAGGACACCAAAAAGAGAUAUACGUAUGUACAGCA